AUGCUCGCAUCGCUGGACGCGUCCGUGGAGACGGCCCUGAGACAGCCCACCGCGCCGCCGCCUGGGCUGCCGGCACCACCAGCGUCUGAUCUUCAAGCCCGGCUCUGUGUGCGAAAUACCUUCCUAGACCUCGACGACUCUGAUCGGGAAUCGAUCGGCCGCACCUACAGCGCUCCGGGGCGCGUGGAGGGGGACACGCCGCGAUCCCUUCUGGAUGGCCAUGGUUUCGCUGGCGAAGGCGCCGAACCCACGGCGCUCCAGCGCGCACUGCAGCGGCAUGCCGAGAACUUUGCGGGGUCCUGGUCGCUGAUCCCCUACGACCCGGAGAAUGUCGGUGAUGAUUUGGCGAGGCACUGGGAGCUGUUGCAAAGCAGCUCUGGAGGGGGCUCCGCCCCUGCCCCCGGCAGUGCCAUCGUUGAAGCGGCUAGAUCGCUUUUCGAGGACAUCCCGCCGCAGCCGACCCGGUUCGGCAGAGCAGUGGAGUGGCGUUGCGGUCCUUACAAAAUCUUGCUGGGCUGCGACCUCGUUGUCCUCCGGAGUGCCGAUCAAAGUGAUCUCUCCGACUUCGCCUCCUUUAAGCUCAUGGCGCCCAAUGUUACCCAUCCUUCCAAAGAGGAGCCGCUGGUCCG